AUCUAUAAAUAAACGCCAAUUUCAGAGUAGUCCUAACCCUAAAUCCUCAUAGCUCGCUUCAGAAAAGAAGAAAAAAAACUAGUUUUUCAAUCCCCAUCCACUACUCUCCCCAAUGGGCAAGAAGGAUAUAAUCGCCUCCAAGAAGAAGCCAAUCUAUGAAGCUUCAAAAAAAUCAAGUAAUAGCCGUCUGAUGGAGAAUCUCAAAACUGUGAAUGUUUGUCUCGUGAAGGAGGCAGCGGAGUGCCAACAAGAGAUAAAGCGCCUCCACAUCCAGCUCACUUCACUGGUUGCUGAUAAAGACAUUUUUCACGACAUCCAACGUGAUGUCUUUGCCCUUGUCGUCUCCUCUAGCCUCAGCGAAUCUGCCUCUCGCGCAACGGCCGAGAUGGCCGCAGCUUCAGAUAGAGAGAAAAUUUUGAGAAAGAAGAUUGAGGCGGUCGCUAUGGAGGUCGAUGUUGGGAAAAAAGAGCUGCUUGCUCUAGCCAAAGAAAAAGAUCAGAGAGAGAAAGAGUUGGUGGAGUUAAAAGAAAGCAUUAGAUCGAUGGAGCAACCGAACGAGCAUGGAAGACAAAGAAAGAAUUUGUUUCGUCGUGUUGCUGCGGCUGCGCCUUUCAUAGCUGCUGCCGGUGCGGUAGUUGUGGCUUUUUGCAUAAUUUUGAAGAAAUAAUUUUCUCAUUCGAGUGUGAUGU